AUGAAUUCAAGUUAGAGACAACCAAGAAGUCGUAUUUUUGAUGUUGAUUCACAAAGGCCAUCUGAUAGAUCUAAUACUCCUACAAGAGCAUUAUCACCACAUCAAACUUCUCAACAUGUUUAACCGUAAUAAUAAUAACAAUAACCAAUUCCAACCUUUCAACCUCAAAAGCUAAAACACAUUCUGUAUAAUGCAUAACAAAGUACUCCAAUAGUUAGUUGCCAUUACCAUCCAGAUCAAUUCAUUUAAAACUUUUGCAAAAACUCGGAUUGUUUGUUGCCACUUUGCCCUAUGUGUGUUACCAUCCAUUAAGAUGAUCAUAUAGGAUAAGAGUAUGCACCUCAUUUUGAUUUGCUUGGCUAUUGUCUUGGAGAACAAUAUAAUAAGAUAGUUGACAUCUGCAAUCUAUUAGGAGAGGACAUCGAGGAAGUUGUAGAAUUAAAGAAUCUUGUUAAAAAUCAUAGAGAAGUUUAGAAAAAGAAAUUCUUGGAGGCAAAAGAACAAUUCUAUAAAGCAAUUGAUACCUUUAUGUAGAAUCUGGAGAACAAUCUAAAUUCGCAAUCUCUCAAACAAACCGAUUAAUUGCUCAAUGAAAUCAAUUAAUUUCAUAGAUUGGCCUAUGACAGAUGGUUCAACAUGCAAGGGAGAUUGCAGAAACUCAAUUCUGAGAAGUGUCUAAAAACACUCAUUAAAUCUUACAGAUAGAGCAGACCAGAAGAUAUCUAUUAACGUUAACAUGAAAUGACCUUGUCAUUUGUAGAUUCAGUUAGGAAUGAUUUAGAUCAAGUAGAAAUUAGACCAAAUUAAUUAUAAGUCAUUCUUGAUUAAUUGCAAUCCUAUAUAUUCAUAACAAGAGAUUAAGUUAAAUAACCUAAACAAGCUUCACCCAUCAAACCACAACAAUAAUAACCAAUUAUUAGAAGAGUCGUACAUGAGAGACCAAACAGUCAGUAACAUCACCAUAAUUCCAACUCUCCAAUCCCUACUAGAGUUCUCCAAGGAUUCCCUAUUCUCUAAAAGUUUAAUCCAGUCACUGCAAUAGAAACUAUGAAUAUGCCUCAAUUACCACCUAUUCCUACAGGGUUUCCUUAAGUCUUGCCAUUUCCAAAUCAACAAUUCAACUUUUAACCAUAAUCAAUGAUGUUACCUAACUCAUAAUUUAUUCCACAACCCCUUCUUAAUAUGCCCUUACCAUUCUAAACCCACCACCCAUAUCAGAAUCCCCCAUAGUUACUUAAGCAAACUUAGUUACCACAACCACUAUAGCAAUAUGUUUAGCCACUUUAGUCCACAGCAGCACAUCAAAUGCAAUAAUAAAGUCAGCCACUUGCUUAAAUUAAUAUGAAUCAACAGGAAAAACCUGGUGAAGUAAUUGAUUUGAAGACUAAUAACAAUCCACUAAGGAUGGCUGAAUAAUAUCAUAAUAAAUUGUUUAAUUCUGGAGAAUGA